GAUUAAAAAAUGUUCAGCCCUGGAACCUUUUAAAACAUGUUUUUAGCAGGUCAAGUGUCUGUAGGGUGCUGCGAGCCUCUGCUGGCUUCAGAUGACAGACAGGAGAGGGUUCAAAUGUGCCUCUGCAAUCUAUAUGUUUGAUCUUAUUGGUCAGCUGCAGCCCUGUGCCGUCUAUAAAACGCACGACAGGAGCUCCGGAGCUGAGACCGUCUGAGGGCGCAGAACAGCGCCGCAGAGCGCACAGGCUUACCCGAGGAGAAACACCUGUUACUGACGGGGCAAGUCGACAAAGAGGAGCGUGUCCUUUCCUGUAGUGCUACACACCUGACUACACCUACUCCACACGCCCACACAUCUCACUGUCUGGUGGGACCAUGUGGGUUCUGGAUAAGAUCCGCGGGUCGGUGGAGACCGGCAUGCUGCGACAGGGGGAGAAUGGAGACAAGAAAGGCGUCACCCCGUCCUACAGCAACGUCCUCACCCCUGACAAGAUCCCAGACUUUUUCAUUCCACCGAAGCUGGUCAGCAGCCCUCCAGAACCUGAGGUUCCUAAUGUAAAGCCCAAGGAACUAUUGCCACCCUCAACUUCAGAGCAAACUAUCGGCAGUGGGAAAAAGAUCAGCAGCCCAAGAAGUCCACGCCUGGUGGCCAAGAUUGCAGGAGACACCAAGAACUUGCUGAGAGCAGCAAACCGUCACAUCAUACAGAUAGAGAGUGCUGAUGAUGUUGUGGCUGGAGACACCAAUGCAGACCCCCAGUCGCAGACAGCAAUGUCCCUGCCUUACGUUCCCAAGACUCACACACCUUAUGGCUUUGCAACCUUGAAGGAAAGCCCCCACACUCGCCGUAAAGAGUCACUGUUCCACUGUGAGCACACCAGUCCUAUCACCUCCCCAAACACCCAGAGGAAGGCCCAGGGGAAAAGCAGCGAUGGGGGCAACCAUCUGAAUCCAGCUGACUUCAACACCUCUCACAUGAAUCCUUACCGAUACUUCAGUGGUGGGGAAAGUGACACCUGCUCCUCAGCUGAGUCCUCUCCCUUCAGCUCUCCUCUGCUCUCCCGCUCUGCCUCCCUUCUCAAGAUCUUCACCCAUGAGACGCAGGCCAAAGUCGUGAAAGCCAAGCGGACAUUUGCUCGCCACAGCUCCCUCUCCACUGAUGAGUGCAGCUCGGCUGAGCCCAGCCCCAACAUCCAGAGGCGGCUUCACAUCCCCUCCUUCCACAGUGGUGCCGGAGCGUCAGACCAUGGGCUCCAUCGGGAGCACACCAUCAACCUGCACAAAGGCGGGACGGUGCGGAUCAGCGCCAACUACGACUCCAGCACCUCCCGCCUGCUCAUCCGCGUCCUGGUGGCGGAAAGUCUUUACGACAAGCACUAUGACAUCAAGAGCAUCAAUUGCUGCGUGUCCGUCUACCUGAACCCGGGCAAGCUGCAGAAGCAAAGGAGCAACAUCAUCAAGAACAGCCGCAACCCGGUCUUCAAUGAAGACUUCUUCUUUGACUCGAUAAGCUCAGUUCAGGUGAAGAACCUGUCGUUGAAGUUCAAGGUGGUGAACAAAGGCACCAGCCUGAAGAGGGACACACUGCUGGGAGAGCGGGAGAUACCUCUAACAAAGCUGCUCUCAGGUCUUUAAAGCCACAGGACCUGGAGGUCAAAGGAGGGAAAAAAACAAGGAUACUGAUUAAAGCUUAAAUUAGAUGUUUGCACUGGUUUCUAUACAAAUGACUCUUUUUAUUCCAAUAGAUGAAAACAGUGUAGCAACAUUACAAUGAAGGGAGAGGAAAAGGAAGGGUUUCUAGCAAGUGAAACAUAUUCCUAGAAGGAAAGAGAGGCUUCUUCUGAGAUCUGAAAAAACCCCACCAAGAUCAGGAAAUUAAUCUUUUGAUGUACAUGGACGGAUGAUGAUGGUGGUUGAGGUGUGCCUGGUUCCUUCUCCCAAUAUCGAAUGCUCAUUAAGCCAAGCCGGGCUCGACAGCAACAGAUGAAUAUGACAGAUGAAAGCGUUUUUUUUUCUCCCAGCCAACUUCCUCAGCCAGGUCUGGUUCAAAGGUUGGACGACACCUGUGCAUCAACCUGUCUCUGUGUCUUCACCUGCACUGUGUUCGUCAUGCGUGGCAUCGUUUUAUUAUUGUAAUGUGACAUAAAUCCACAGCAGCACAGGAUGUGAUGCUACAUUCGUUACACCGUGUGUUCAGCACAAAGAUGCUUUUGUAAAUCAGUGCGAGCUUUGAAGUGGAACUGGAUCCUGAUGUGCAAAUGACCCUUUGAUCCCAGUUGCCAUGGCCUACCUCCCACAGAGGAGGGCGAGGGGAAAACCGAGUAGCCACAAUAGCCACAUUUACAUGCACAUCCCAAAUAGAAUUAUAAUGCAAUUAGUAAUGCAUGUAAGACUAAGUCCUAUGAUUACAUAAUCUGAUCUUAUGUUAGUGUAAUUAUGUUCUUAUUAACAGACAGACCCCAGUACCAUGUAUGUGCUCCAAAAAUCUCUAAGUUUUGUCUGUAAUUUAGUAAAGUUAAAGUAACGUUAAAGUUAAUGGUGCCCUGUGGACUUCUAUGGUCAUUGUUUACAUUCAGUGUUUCUUACCAAAAUGCAUUGGGUGAAUCCUUGAGGUCUAACAAACAUGUUGAAUGCAUUUCUGUCUUCAUAAAACAACUUGUUAAAUGUUUUAAAUCCUGCAUUGUUUACAUCCGUAUUCACUUGCUAGCAGUCUUUUUCUUGACUGCCUUUGUAUAGUUUGAAACCAGUAGGAUAAUGUAUUGUAGCACGCAUGCAUGACACAAACUAAAUAAUUUUUUUUAACAAAUUUUUAAAUUCUGCGUGUGCAGUAAGAAUGUUUGAGCCUGUCUAAUGCACAUCAAUUUAUUUCAAGUAAAGCGAAAGUAAAAGAAAGUUUCAUUUUUAUUGAUUGUAGUGGAACAUUCAGAAAAUGUAUUUCAUUUCAAUAAAUGAAAAAUCUUAAAAACAAGUUGAUUUCUAUUGCAAAAAGGUUGAAAAAUUCUUACUGCACUUGCAAAUAUUUGCAAACUUUUAUAAAAAAAAAUUAAACUCAGUUAUAGACAGAAAUGUAUGCAGUGUGGGGUACCCAGAUUUUAAUGUCUUUAAUAGCCACCUGUUAUGUCUUUAACUGCAUGAAACCCAACUCACCGAGUUAAUGAAUGUGGAACUACAAAGAAGAAAUGUUUGCAGGAUAUAUGAGAAGAUUCUUUCAUAUAUUUGGUAUGUACUUUAUUUCUGUUUGGUUGAUGAAAUCUCUUCAGCCUCAUGAAGGACCAGUGUGGACGUUCCAGCAGCAGCCUGUCACGCUUGUCUCAUCCAGUGUGGGCACCUUGAUUAAAUCUUGUGCAACUAGGCAACGGGCUCUCGCCAAAUAGGUACACCAACAUCUUCACUCUGCAUUCAAACCAUUUGGCGAAACUUCAGUGUUAUUCUGCACAGAUUCUCAACACCAAGAACACAGGAGAAGAGUCGAUUAGCUUGGAGUUUUUUAGUUGAUCACACAGCCACAUGAAAGAUCUUUUGGACAUUUAAAAUUUCUUUCCACUCUGCUUCAUUCAGAAGUCACUCAGGAUCAAUGUUCCUCUGAUUCUCAACAGAUACCUAAAACUUUCCAGUCGAGUGGCACCUGAAGGAUAACAUUUUACAGUACCAUUUUGAUAGGAGUAAGCCUGUGGCAGUGGCAAAGUGCUUUAACUGCUGAUUUAACUGAUUUUCGGUUAAUUUUGAUAGCAGUGAGACAAGAAACAAGGUUAUUAAAAGUCAAAUUAAAUAACUCCAUCACGUAACAGUCAUUAAUUUAUGCAACAAGGCUCUUGCCUCAGUUGAAGUAUUGGCAGUGGACAAAUACAGUACUUGUGUGCAUGUAAAUGUAUUAAAUAUCUCAUAUGAGUAAAACAGAGCACUGGUGUCACAGUGCAGAGUACCAGUUGCAUGGCAUGAAUAUGUCAAUGACAUACUGGUGUUUGCAUGACAUGCUUAAAGUUUUAUGAGACCCUAAAGCCUUACUACGUAUGUGUGUGUGUGUGUGUGAGAGAGAGAGAGAGAGAGAGAGAGUGUGUGUUUUGAUUAGCAUGACAUUUUGUCCAGAGUUGUAAAUUUUCUAUGUACAAUAUAGUAUUUUGUAAAAUGCUUUUGAUUGGUUUGAAAUUACUCUAAACGUGUGUUGGAUUUGUACCGUAUAUAUCUACAUAUGUACUAGUUUCUACAAUUGUCACUGAAAUGCCAAUUAUGCACCAGCAAGUGAGAAGUGCUGAUGACAGGCAUCUUAAUUAUGUCUGUUUCAACUUUAAUGAAGCCAAGGGGAAGAGGCAGCAAUGUCAAGAAAGAAAUAAGGAAAACAAGGCAACAAGGAAAACUAUGUUAUGGGUUUUGACAUGAACAGCAGCCCUCUCCUCUUUCAGUGUACUCUGCUGUCCAUCUGAGGAAUUAAAAGAAAUUGCAUGCGAUUGCAGCCUCGAGUGCGACUACAGACAGAAAAGAAGUCAGAGACAUCAGAGUGAUGCAAAUUACUGAGGUUUCUCACACACUGCCCCAAAGCUUCAAGUUUAAUUCUGUAAGGAUUAUUCUCACCUGGUGUUUGUAGCUCACUUGUAGCACUGCUAUUGAUAUGCUCUGUAUACUUUAUGUACAGUGACACUGCUGGUUGUUAUGGUGUGGAAGUCAGUGAUCUGUUGUAAUCCCUGUUGCAUACUCGUGUGCAAACAUACAGUGCCUGCUCGUAGAGUUAUUGUAUUUUCUACUCAAAAGUUCCUAAAUUGUACUCAACCCUGUUGUUACCAAACCCUUUCUGAGGUUUCUUCUAGCAUGGCUAACAUUCUUUAGUAGCGUCAGUGCAAAGUUUAAGUGGAUUCUUAUUAUCUCGUGGUGCGUCACCUUGUGCUCUGAUUCUAGAUGAGGAUUUGCUGCAGACACAAAUGUUUUUAAUGAUACAACUGAAAUAUGGCUGAUGUGUUCUGCAAAUUGUCCAACUGAGCCCUAUUUUUAUAACUAAUUGUUUUGACUGUUUUCAUGUGGCUUAUCGUUUAAUAGAAUUAAAAUGCAGGGAGAAAAACAAUAAACAGUUAUUUGACUGCUUCUGCCUGGCCAGGCUGUGCUGUUCUAAGUCAACUGUGGCCUUGUCAGAGAUUCAUAUUCUGUGAAUGGUAUCAAGUAUGGCCACAUGUCUGAAUGGAACAACCUUAUCAGUAAACAUAUCUAAAGAAAUAUCUAUUGUAGCUUUAAGAAACUUGAUAGGAGGUAUAACACUGUUACACUUUUGAGUUGUUUUUAAGAGUUUGUUUCUUUGACUGUCUUUCUUUGCCACAGAAAAUUAUAAGAAACAAGUUUUAGACUCAGUCAUGUUUCACGUCCUGUCUCUGAAUGGUUUCAGAAAAAGCAGAAACUGAAGACAUCAAUGUAGGCUUUACAUUUCACAUUUGAACAAUAUAGCAGCACAAAGUUCCAUCACGUUUGUGCGCUUUUUAUUGUUUUUGUGGUAGAUUUCGAACUGACCUGGAGGCUUUAACAGAAAUAUAUUGGACAAUGUUGAGGGGUGAUAAGUCCUGAUAAGACCACUUGAAAAAAUGAACAGCCCCGUUUUUCCCCCCUUAUGUUUAACUAUCUGAAAAGAUAAACAUCCUAAUAAUCUCUAAUUCAUAUAAAAAAGGUUCAUCCUCUGUACAGUGCUGAGUCUGAAAUGUCAGACUCAGCGUCUCAGGCUCAGCUCUACUUUUAUCAGUCCAUGCUACUUAGGUUCAGUCUCCUGCUUGUAUGUUAGCAUUAAUCUCAAAGUGUAACUGAAGCUGAUGGGAAUUUGGUCAUUUGUUUUAGUAGAAUGGUUUUGACAUUUUGAGAAACACACUUUUUUGCGUUCUUGCCAAGAAUUAUUUGAGAAGAUUGAAAUCACUCUCAUAUCUGUAAGUUAACUAUUGAGCCAGAGCCAGGAGGCGUUUAGCUUAGCUUAGUGUAUGGAAAACAGGCGGAAACAGCUAGCCUGGCUCGCUCAAAAAUUUGUGAAAAUAAUAUGCCUACCAGCACCUCUAAAGUGAACUAAUUAACGCUUUAUAUUAGGUUUGUUUAAUCCGUACACAAAACAAAAUGUAAAAAUGAGUUGCGUGCUGUAACUAUUAACGACCAGCACAGUGAGUUAGCAUAUUUCCAAAAACUAUUCUUUUAAAGGGGUUCUGACAUCAUAACAGAAAUGUUAGACAAGUGGAAAUUUUGACCUGUUGGUGGCAAUAUAUCAAAUGUCAGUUGACCACCAAAGUAAUCAUGGUUCACCCUCUGAUGAGCAUGAAUAUGUUUACCAAAUGUUAUGACCAUAUAUUCAAUAGUUGUCAAGAUAUUUCACUCUGGACCAAAGUGUUGAACCAACAAAAAGAUAUUGAGUCACGUUGAUUGUGUGGUUAAAAAUAAGGUUGGUUAUUUCAAAUGCCAACCUUUAUUUGAGCCACAGGAGGAAUUACAAGAAUUAGGUUUCCCAUCUUCCAGCCUGUUGUGGUGGAAAUCAGUCCUUAUAUCUCUGCACUCAGUAGCCGUUUAAUUAGGUACGGGACGGAGAGGUUUGACUGAUAACGUUUAAAAUGAGAAUUGAGGAAAGCGUCAGUGCCUGUGUGUGUGAGAGACUGAGAGUGGUGGUCAGUUUGAUGUUGUAUUGAAUUCCUUAAGCUUUUUUAACAUACUGUAUAUACUGUAUGCUGAAGUGUCUCUCAAGUCUUCCUGUCUUGACAGGUUCUCUCUGAGAAAUGAAACUGAAAUGUGCCAGUCCGUUACUUGACACUGAAAUCUUUCAUUUCUUUCCAGACUUAGAUAAACAAUGAAAGCUGGUUUCCGUGCUGUUGUUGUACUUGCUGUGUGUCUGGCCUGUGCAGGUAGAAACUUUUUUACUGUAAUGCUACAACCAUGGAAGCUGUUCUCUGGUUACUGACUGUGUUAAUGGAAAUGAAAUACUUCAAUUAAAGGAAAUAUUCCCCAGAA